GCCCUUGCCGGUGAGGAGGUGGACAGCACGAUGAGAACACUGUUGACGGUGCUGAGCGGCGUGGGGAGUGCGGUGGGUCGGCUGGGGAUGAGUUACUUCGAGGUCUGGUCGCACUCGCGCAUGGCGGAAGAUCGAAUCCCCAUCACGGUGUCCCUUUUUGUACUAGCCGUGCGCAUUAUUCUUGUACGUGCUGCGUGUUGCGGUAGCCCCAGCGCAGGUGCUGCGUGGGCGUGGUUUGCAGUUGCGGCGCUGGGGAGUGGCUUUGACGCCGCCGACUCCGUCCCUGCCGUGCGCACCAUGCCUGCAGGGGUGGCCCUGCGCAGGUCUACGGCUUCGCAGGCGGCCUCUUGUGGCUGUCGGCUGUGCGGCUCGACCGUUUUCUGCACGGUGGGGGGUGGUGUGCGUGGGAGGUUGGGCGCCGCGGUGGCGUCUUGUGCCACCGAAGGUCUUGUGUGCUUAUGCCUCUGGUUUUCGUGUUUAUCUAUGUCUAAAUAA